AUGAUCGCAGCAGAACUUGGUAUCGAUGCACUCCUGAGUAGUUGUCAUGCAAUCAACCUCUUGACACUGGUUGAAGUCGACGCUUCGGACCUGCAACGGAGGGGCGUCCGCACGAAAUGGCAGGUGAAAAACACUCCUCCGUUUCCUCCGUCAUUCGACGGCGCCAAGAGUCUAAGUCAUGGCGAUUUCUGUGCUAGGCAGAUCACCAUUGGCCUGUGGGAGAUUAACACGGUCUGGCUGGUGGUGCUGUCUUUUCAGAGGACGAUGCAACCUGAUACACCUUGCGGCCGAAUCCUCCCCGGCUUCCGGGACUGGGGGCUGUGGCACACAACCUGGCCCCUGUUGUGGAUUCUCCCCUUUCGCCUAGGCAUUGACGGCCUUUACCGACUGGCCAGCGCCGCCUCAGUCGCGGUAGGGCUGACUGAACCGCUUGACUGGCCUCCUGCCUUUAGUAGCGCCCGUGAGGCGUGGACCCUGCGGCGGUUCUGGGGGGUAUAUUGGCACCAGUGGCUACGGUGGCCCUUUAGCGCCAUAUCCACCACCAUCGCGGAGAACGGGUUCGGGAUGACGAAAGCACACCUCGUAGGGAGAUAUAUGCAUGUUCUCUUUGUGUUCACGCUCUCUGGUGUUCUCCAUCUCAUCAGUGACGUUCUGUCUGGAGUCCCGUGGCGCAAGUCCGGCUCUCUGCUUUUCUUUUGUAGUUUCACUCUCGCGUUUAUGAUUGAGGAUGGUGUGCAGGAACUCUGGCGUCGCAUUACCGAAAAACAAGGGAAGGAACAGGCGGUGCAGAGCAAUGAGAAAUGCGGAAGGAUGAGUGCUGUCGAGGUGGUCACCUCCACGCCAGUGUGGAAGAAGGUGGUGGGAUUCGCGUGGGUAGGGGCCUGGUUGAGCGUCUCGUCACCAGUUUAUCUCCAGCCCUUCUUCGAAGGCCUGUGCCGCCAGGGAUCUACACCUGACUAUCUCCAUAUGGCCCAACGGCUAGAUCCAAUGGUCCUGUGUGGUGGUAUGGCGGCUAUGACUUUGCUUGUUUGGCACCGGUUUGGUAUAGAUCUCUGA